CGCCCGUCCCCCCCGGCCACCCUCUUAUACCUAUACAUAUAUAAGUGUUCGUAAGCGUAAAGUACGCAAAAAGUACCACAACAAUGAAAAACGAUAACCGAGUAUCGUCAUCCCAUGAUUGAAUAGUAUGAUCAUAACAGAGAGAGCCGAUUUAAGUAACAGAUGACCAUACAUUGUUGCUAUCAUUCGUGCAGCCCCUAACAGUUGUUAUCUAAGUAAUAAGUGUCAUUAAAAUAAUAGUUGUAACCGUAUACGAUCGGAAUGUCCAGUUUUGAGGUACACUUCCCUAAGGAAGAUCAGCCUUCGAGGAUAAAAAAAUGGAAGGUUUCGGAGGGAACGAUGGUUACCGCCGGCAGAAUCCUUCUUUUGUACCAGGACGUUGCAACUGGCAAGAUCGAGAAGAAGCUGCGGGCUACACAACUUGGUCGAGUUGUCAAGCAUCUCGUCAAGGAAAAUGAAACCGUUCAUACAGGGCAACCUGUAGCACUUGUAGAAGGAUGUAAGCAUCCAACUGUGAUAAAAGAUUUGUGUGCAGAAUGUGGAGUUGAUUUGAGAGAAGAAUUAAAAGCAAAUCCUAAUAAAUCACUAGUAUCUCAAGCUAAUGUACCUAUGAUACACAGUGUGCCAGAGUUAAAGGUAACAGCUGAAUUGGCUGAAAAAAUUGGUCGACAAGACAAAGAAAGAUUAUUGAAACACAAACAAUUAGUAUUGUUAGUUGAUCUGGAUCAAACCAUUGUUCAUACAACAAAUGACAAUGUUCCCGCCAAUCUUGAGGACGUUUAUCAUUUCCAACUUUACGGUGUAAAUUCACCCUGGUAUCAUACAAGAUUGAGACCACAUACUCGACAUUUUCUAUCAGAAAUUAGUAAGCUCUACGAGUUGCACAUAUGCACGUUUGGAGCUCGUCAAUAUGCACACAUGAUAGCCUCGCUUUUGGAUAGUGAUGGAAAACUCUUUUCCCACAGAAUACUAUCCAGGGACGAAUGUUUUGACUCACAGUCUAAAACUGCUAAUCUGAAAGCACUGUUUCCUUGUGGAGUUGACAUGGUCUGCAUUAUUGACGAUAGAGAUGAUGUAUGGCAGGGUUGUGCCAAUUUGGUACAAGUUAAGCCUUACAAUUAUUUUUUACACACUGGUGAUAUUAACGUACCACCAGGCUUGGAAAGACAGGAAGAUCAUAUUACACCAAAGCCUGCAACAGAAUAUUUGCCAAAAGAUUUACCACAAAAUGAGAUAUUAAAUGAAGAUCAGAAUGGUAAAGGAAGUAAUAAUACUGGAUUUAAUACUACAGAGGUUUCAACGAAUCCAAAAGAGCUUACAGCUGAGAGAUCGGAAUUGCGUAGAGAAUAUGAAACCGCUACAAAAAUGAAAACUAACAAAGAUAAUGAAAGUGUUGAAAAAGAGGAUUGUUCAGAGAAAUCCAGCAUACAAGAAAAUAAAAGUGAAUCGGGAGAAAAAUUGAGAAAUACGCAAGAAACUAAGGAAGAAGAAAAAUGUAAACAAGCAGACGAAGAAUCUCAAUUAAAAAAUCACGAUACAGAUGAUCAUGAUGAUUAUUUAUUGUACUUGGAAGAUAUUUUAAAAAGAAUACACUCGGAAUUUUAUGCAGAAAACGAAAAUGAAAAUGUGAGAACAAAAACUCUCAGAGAAAUCAUCCCAAAAGUUAGAUCUCGCGUUUUGCAAGGACUUUAUUUAACAUUUAGUGGUCUUGUUCCAAAUAAUCAAAAACUUCAUCAAAGUCGUGCUUACAAGGUUGCAAGAAUAUUUGGCGCUCAAGUUACUCAGGAUCUUAACGAAAAAACGACGCAUUUGGUGGCUAUUCAACCAGGUACGUUAAAAGUAAGAGAUGCAAAGAAACAGGGACGAGUUAAAAUCGUAAAUCCAGAUUGGUUGUGGACUUGUGCAGAAAGAUGGGAACAUGUCGAUGAACGCUUGUACCCUCUAAAAGAAGUACCUUUACAUAAAGCUCGCGAAUUCAGAAAGCCACCACCGCACUGCAGUACACCUGAACAUGUAGAGGAGUCCGAUCCUAAGACAGAAGGAAAUUUUGCCAGUAGCAUCAAUCCUUUGAUGGUGUUUAGUAAGGAGGAAAUCGCAACGAUGGGCCGAGAAGUCGAUGAGGAUAUGUCGGAUUUGGAGGACGACGAUGAUUUUGGAAGUGAAUCAGAAAGUAAUACCCAGGAAAGCAGUCAAAAACGUCCAUACGGCUCUGAUAACGACUCUGACUCAAACAACGAUGUGUAUGGCUACACACCAAAUGAGCCGAAAAGGCGUCGAAACGAGAGCGACAAUGAAAGCAAUGUCAGUAGUGACGAAGAGAGAGGCCGGAAAUGUAAAAAACGCUGUCUAAACGAGGAUGACGAUGACGAUGAGGAAGAUGAUCCGGUGACACGUUUCCGGCGGGGGGAAGAUGUAUCGGACGAUGUUGAUUACGGAGAUAACUCUCAAGAUUCCGUUUGCGAUCUUGAAGCCGACGACAUGGAAGAAGAACGCGAGUGGAAUGCUAUGGGCGCAGCUCUCGAGAGAGAAUUUCUCUCCAAUUGAAUCCUUGUUGGAGGCUGUUUGUUGCUGUUGUAAUGUUUGAAAGGAAGAGAACCUUGUAUAAUUUAAAUCACGAAAGUGAAAGUACUAUAUCUUUUUUAUGAGAAGUGGAGUGCAUUAUACUUAAAGAUGACAAAGUCUAUUGUUAAGUACAAGUAAAAUAAAAAUAGUAAACCAAGCAA